UCUUUGUAGGUUUAAUGAAUGAAUGUGGUGAGCCGCACAAAUAAAAGUUGACUGUUCUCCAGUGUAUAUUGGCACAGGUAACAAUACCUAGGUAGAAUAUUAAAAGAAACUGUCACAUAAAAGCAAAAUUACCUACAUGAAUGGCUAUCAUCUCAUAAAUUAUAAGCAUUUGAUAGGUUUAUUCUAACGGCUAAUUAAAGGGAGAACGUUUCAACUGGCAAAAACAACUCCUAAGACAGAAAGACAAAAGGCUGAGGAGCUGCUCGACUCUUUGCUGCUUAGUCACACAUGCCUGCUGGCAAAUGAAAGAAUGAUUAAGAUACUGUUAACACUUUCAAACCUGACUGAACUGCCAGCUUCAUUCCACACAUUCCUCUGCUUCUCCUCUGACACCCCGUCUGCGUUUUUGUGAUGUGUUGUAACAAACACCUGUGAUCAGGGAUCAAAAGACAAACCGUGCUGAGAUGUGCGAGGGUGUGGGAAUCGGUGUGUGUGUGUGUGUGUGGGGAGCGUGUGAUGAUUCACUGUUAAUUGUCGAGACCUGCCUGCUCUGCGCUACAGGUUGGCAGGCCGUUCUUGGCAGGGUGAUAGUAUGUGUGUGUCUCCUGUUAGAAGACAUCUCUUUUACAGAAAAGACAGGUGGCCAUGAUCUAUGGCCUCUUACGGGAAUCGCCCCCCUGACUGCUGCUUCAGUGAGAGCCAAUGAAAGCUCAGUAUAAGCUUGGAUGCAUACAUGCACAAACACGGCUAUUACGGUAAUAACGCGGUGACAUAACUACUGUUUGUGACACAGCAACGUGCAAGGAGUGAGAAAGAACAAAUUCAGGCUGCACCGAGACGACUCUUCAGAAACGCUCCUCGGUAAAUAAGCAGAGCGUCACACCACCUCCGCUUUCCCUUCACACACAUGCGCUCGUCCAGCUUUUUCCUCUCUUCCCCAAUUCUUUCUGUUGCAGACAAACACACGCGCGUACACACCCAGUCUCACACCACCAGCCAGCCAGCCAUUCACUCCUCACUCACACCCUCAAAUCUUACCAAGCUGAGCUCUCCCUGCUCAGAGGCAGACAGGAGCAGCACGGCAGCCUGCUAAAGGAGUUGAGGGAAGGAGCAGCAGUGUCAGGGAGAGAGAGAGUUUGAGGAGAGAGAGUGAGGAGGGAGGGGGAUGAAAGAGUGAAGGGAGACCAACCCAAGAGAGAGCACUGCUCCCCAUAUGCUGAGGAGGCAUGGGCGGUUGAACAAGCUGCCCCCACUGAAGCCUCCUGACUCAUGGGAGCGUCAGACCCCGAUCCCCAGAGAGCCUGGAAAUGCUGCCGAACCACGCGCAAGAGAGGAGGGGAGCCAGAGAGUAGAGGAAAAAAAAGUCCAAGGAGAGGAGAGGGAAGAAAGCCACAACGGUAGGCUGUCCCAACUCAACUGCUGUGCCGUGAUGACGUCAGAGGGCAUGUGACCCAGGCUCUCCAGUGACGGCACAUGGAGGGCAGGAAAGAGACGAGUUUUAAAGCUGGUGCCUUUUGGGUUGUGUGAGGGCUCUGCUCGCCUCCCAAACAACCACAGAACCACAGACGUGCGGCUCGGGGUUGGUGUUUGAGGGCAACCUGGAGUGUAAAUGGUUAAUCGUCGCGGGCCAGCACCAGUCACAAGGACGGCGCUAAGCGAGUAAGACGUGUCAAGGGUCAAGGAAACCACAGAAGAGCAAAAGUGGGGCUUGCUGCAACCAGAGGCAGCUAUGGCAUCUAACAGCCUUUUCAGCACAGUGACACCAUGUCAGCAAAACUUCUUCUGGGAUCCCAGCGCCAGUCGGAGGUUCAGUCCGCCGUCCAGUAGCCUCCAGCCGGUCCCAGGAAAGAUGAACGAUGUGAGCUCUCCAGUCGGGCAGCCGGACGCAGCGGCGGCGGUGCCAAGACUGCGCCCCCACGAAAACCGCAGUAUGGCCGAGAUCAUCGCGGACCACCCGGCCGAGCUAGUGAGGACCGACAGCCCCAACUUUCUCUGCUCGGUCCUGCCCUCCCACUGGCGGUGCAACAAGACUCUACCCGUCGCUUUUAAGGUGGUAGCCCUGGGAGAUAUACCUGAUGGGACCGUUGUCACCGUAAUGGCGGGCAACGAUGAGAACUACUCCGCUGAGCUGCGGAACGCCUCAGGUGUGAUGAAGAACCAAGUAGCACGUUUCAAUGACCUCCGUUUUGUGGGCCGCAGCGGCAGAGGCAAGAGCUUCACUCUGACAAUCACAGUAUUCACCAACCCGCCACAAGUGGCCACUUACCACCGAGCCAUAAAGGUCACCGUGGACGGACCUCGUGAGCCCAGGAGGCAUCGUCAGAAGCUCGAGGAUCCUCCCAAAACUGGUCUGUUCUCCGACCGCCUCAGCGAGCUAGAGAGGAUGAGGGUGAGGGUCGCGGUUCCGACACAAGCUCCCCGGCCAGCUCUCAACACGGCGGCCAACUCCUUCAACCCACAGGGACAGACGCAGAUAACAGACCCUCGUCAGUCCCAGUCCUCUCCUCCCUGGUCGUACGAACAGACGUAUCCGUCCUACCUGAGUCCCAUGGCGUCCCCCUCGGUCCACUCCACCACCCCCCUCUCCUCCAGCCGAGCCACAGGUCUGCCUGCCAUCAGUGACGUGCCUAGACGAUUGCCAGGUUCCUCUGACCUGAGCCCAUUCCCCGGUCAGUUCGAGCGCCAGUUCCCGAGCCUCUCCUCCCUCACAGAGAGCCGUUUCUCCAGCCCUCGGAUGCACUACCCGGCAACCUUCACCUACACCCCGCCCGUCACCUCAGCCAUGUCGCUGGGCAGCGCCCACUACCACACCUACCUUCCCCCUCCGUACCCGGGCUCCACCCAGAGUCAGAGCGGACCCUUCCAGACCAGCAGCACGCCCUAUCUGUACUACGGGACGUCCUCCAACACGUACCAGUUUUCCAUGGUUCCCGGCGGGGACCGCUCGCCGUCCCGGAUGAUCCCGCCUUGCACUAGCGCCUCCACGGGCACAUCCCUGGUGAACCCUAACCUGCCCAGCCAGACAGAGGGAGGGGUGGACGGCGACGGAAGCCACAGUAACUCCCCAACUGUACUCAACCCCGGAGGCCGCAUGGAUGAAGCAGUCUGGAGGCCAUAUUGAAGGAGGCAGAGAGAUAAGAAGUCAACUGAUGUCAUGGUUUGAAAGCACAAAACCUUUUCUUUCUUUCUUUUUUUAAAUAAAAAGGGGAUUUUUGAGCUUACAUCAGCUGUCUCUACCUUUGGAAAUUAAGGUUGAGAUUAAAAAAGAGGGAGAGAGCAAGAGAGACCAAACGUGUGUGGACUUGUCCUCCUGGAAUGUGUUUAGACCGUGGCGCUACAAAGGGAGUCAGUUUCAAAGCAAUAAUGAAAAAGACAGUUUUGGUUUACUAGGCCCAAGUGGAUGAGACAUUAUUUCAGUUUUAUCUUAUUCCACAAAGCUAAAGGGAUGCUUCGACGAUAUUUGUUAAAGACUGCCUCUUUUGUACAGUGUUUGUAUUUCUUUAAGGCUUUUUUUGCAGAGCAUGUUUUUUUGUGUUUUUUUUUUUUUUGUACUACGACAAUAUCAAGAUGCAAGUUAAGCACUGAGUAGCAAGUAAUAAGAGUAACGCAUAUGUUACUUUAAGUGGUGUGGACAGUAAAUUUUGCUUUAAACCGAUUAAUUUAACUUGUAUAUUGUGGGUGAAACGAUGUAGAUUGAGGCGUUUUCUUCGUUUUAACUUAUAAAGCCAUAAAUUAUGUAUUGUAUUUGAAACUUGAGUCAAAGAAAGGUAAUCUGAAUAUUUUUGAUGCAUCUAUAUGACUAAGUUAAAAUGAUUUUUUUUUUUUUUGAUAGGUAAUUUAAGAAAGUACGUUUUGUUUUUGUUUUUCUGGUAGCACCCAAAGAUUUAAAAUCGUGUUGAAUAUGAAAUGUAAUUUCCAAAGAGUAUUGCAACAUUUUUUUUUCUGGUGUAACUUUCAGUUUAACUGCUAUACACAUCCAGAGCCCCACAUCCUCGCGAGGCGUUGACACACAUUUGGCUCGGAAUUAAACCUUUGGUAUUUAUUGAGCAAUAACUCGUAUUGUGCCUCUUGGCAACAUACCAUUAAAGAGAGUUUCAAUGGGGGAAAAUAAUUAUCCGUUUGGGGAAAUUCUGCUUGAUUUCUUUGCUCUGUCUAGUCUGACAUGCACACAGAUACUUAUGCAUUUUCUCUUCCAAAUAAGAAAUGGUGCAUUUAGACACGAAUUGACGUCCAGCCCAAAGAUGAUUGCAGUGGGUACUGUGCCUAAUGGCCCACUUUAAAAGAGGCAGGUCAGACUUUAAGGAUCACUUAUUUUGUGAUACAUGAACUCCUCAGGACUGGAAGAAUCCUUGGUUGAUCCCACAGAUUUGCUAUAUCUGCAUUUCUUUUUUUUCAUACCCAGCCUGGCUGAAAGCACGGUCAAGAUUAUAGCUCUGACAUGCCAAGUCUAUUAUAGCUUUCAUAUCCUAUGUAAAAGAUAGCUUUGAAAAAGUCUGUCUUAGUGUGUGACACACACACACACACACACACACACACACACAGGUUUGUAUUUUUUCUUGCUUUCUGUCUUUUGGGUUAAAAAGGAAAUCGCAGAGAAACAAAAGAGACUCUGGUGAUCCUUUCGGCUUUUAUUUAUUUUCCAAUUUUUACUCUGGGUUUACCGAAUUGAUUUUUACCCUCUUUAUUGGCUAAUGUCAACAAUAAGGGUCUAAAUCUAAAAUCUCUCUGUGGGCUCGAUAUGAGGGGAGGUCUGGGUUUAAAAAUUACCGUGCGAGAUUUUAAAAUGUGUUAAAGUUUAAGGGGAAAAAGUGCAAAACAACAACCAAAAAACACAAAACAACAAAGUGGUGAUUGGAUUCAGCUGCUGGCAGCAAACUGGUAACCAAAAAAUAUGGGAGACUUGUGUAUGUUUAUUUCAUAAAGCACUUAUUUCUUGUUUUAUUUCUAGCAGCACUUGCGGCGGGCUGCCAGCAGGGCUCGUGGUUUUGGUCCUCAGUGGAGAUGUAACGCCACUGGAGUCUCACACACACACACAGAAUGGAUAACACUUGGCCAAACAAGCCAUUUAUAUUGGAGUUUAAUCUGAUUUCACAAGGCAGUUGGCAUUUGUUUAAAAAAAAAAAAAAAAAAAGCAUUUCUUUUCUUGCUUUCAUACAGUAUGAUACUGAGUGCAUGAAGGUAAUAUAAUAACCCAAUUUUUAAAAGCUGAGAAAAACAUGGCCCUGUCCAAGGAUCAGACUUCAAGCUUUUCAUUUAAGAUUUGCACGCACACUCUGCAGAGGAUCUUCUCAACUCACACACACACACACACACACACACACACACACACAUUUCUCCAGCAGCUUCAGCCCAGCACGAAAAGUACUUUUGCUGUUAGAGCGUAACAUAAAUAAACAAAUUCAAAAACCUUUUAGAUUGCUGUGAUUUUAUAGCAUUUUCCCAAAUACUAUGCACAUCUGUUGGAAUUUAUUUAAUCUGCUUCACAAAUCUUUUAAAAACUGUUUACACCUAAACGCAGCACUGACACCCUAACCUGUCCUCAUCUGCUUCUGUUUGGGUUUUUUUGCUGUUCCUCAAAAUACAAAGGUUCAUUUUUUUUUUAUUAUUUUUUUUAAUGUUGCGUACAAACUGUCAUUAAAAAAAAAACUUGUAUUAUUCAUUGAUCAACAUGUAUGAUAUCCAGGAAUUGUACCUGCUCUUAUGUAAAGUUUACUCGUUAUUUCUAUUGUUAUGCUCCUUCUCAUGAACACUUGUCAGGAAACUCAAUCUAAUGGAGACUGUUAGACUUUGCUGGUACGUUUCAUAAAGAUCAUAAUUUGUUUUUCGAUUGUUUGUUUUGUUUUGUUUUUUUAAGGGAAACACAGACCUGACAACAGUGAGUGAAAUUGGCAUUGUGAUUGUACAUUUUUGUUUAUUUUAAGAAUAAAAUAGGAAUUUUGUAACUUA